GGGCGGGGCGAGCAGGGCCCUGGCGGCGGCGGCGGCAGGGGCGGAGGGAGCGUGGCAGCCAUGGGCGCGCGGGCCGCCAGGCGUCUGUGCUGGGGCACAGUGAGCUGCACAUUAUUCUUGGCAGUUAACGCUUUAUACUCGGCCAGCGAUGAUGUGAUCGAGCUGACACCAACUAACUUCAACAGGGAGGUUAUUCAGAGUGAGAGCCUGUGGCUCGUGGAGUUCUACGCCCCAUGGUGUGGUCAUUGUCAAAGAUUAACCCCUGAGUGGAAGAAAGCAGCAACAGCAUUAAAAGGUGUAGUGAAAGUAGGUGCAGUAGAUGCAGAUAAACAUCAGUCCCUGGGUGGACAGUAUGGAGUCAGAGGGUUUCCAACUAUCAAGAUAUUUGGAGCCAACAAGAACAAAGCAGAAGAUUAUCAAGGUGGCAGGACCAGUGAUGCCAUUGUCGAUGCUGCUCUGAGUGCUCUCCGCUCCCUAGUGAAAGAUCGUCUCAGUGGCAGGAGUGGAGGAUACAGCUCUGGAAAGCAGAGCCAAGACAGCAGAGGUGGAGGUAAAAAGGAUGUGAUUGAGCUGACCGACGACAGCUUUGACAAGAACGUCAUCAACAGUGACGAUGUGUGGAUGGUGGAGUUCUAUGCCCCGUGGUGUGGGCACUGCAAAAACUUGGAGCCAGAAUGGGCAGCUGCCGCCACUGAGGUGAAGGAACAAACAAAGGGAAAAGUGAAGCUGGCUGCAGUAGAUGCGACAGUCAACCAGAUGCUGGCAGGCCGAUACGGGAUUCGUGGAUUUCCUACCAUUAAAAUCUUCCAGAAAGGAGAAGACCCUGUUGAUUAUGAUGGUGGGAGGACUAGGUCUGAUAUCAUUGCUCGUGCUCUGGAUCUGUUUUCUGAUAAUGCACCACCACCUGAGCUCCUGGAGAUAAUUAAUGAAGACGUUCUGAAGAGUACCUGUGAUGCUCAUCAACUCUGCAUCAUUUCUGUCCUGCCUCAUAUUCUUGACACGGGAGCUUCAGGGAGGAAUUCUUACCUGGAUGUCAUGUUAAAAAUGGCUGAAAAAUACAAGAAGAAAAUGUGGGGGUGGUUAUGGACAGAAGCAGGUGCUCAGUCAGAUCUUGAGAGCUCUUUGGGGAUUGGAGGCUUUGGGUAUCCAGCAAUGGCAGCUGUUAAUGCUCGGAAGAUGAAAUUUGCCCUUCUGAAAGGAUCAUUCAGUGAGCAAGGGAUUAAUGAAUUUCUGAGGGAGCUGUCUGUUGGUCGAGGCUCUACAGCACCAGUGGCUGGUGGAGCUUUCCCUAAAAUUCAUUCAGUUGAACCUUGGGAUGGCAAAGAUGGUGAGCUUCCAGUCGAAGAUGAUAUUGAUCUCAGUGAUGUGGAUUUGGAUGACUGGGAUAAAGAUGAGCUAUGAGGUCUUCAGGAAACUUCUGUUCUUGGGAGAGUUUGUGCAGCAGUUUGCAACCUGGUUCACCAUCAGAUGGGUAUUCCAGUGGCCUUUUCCUGGAGAAAUAGCAGCUGACAAUAGCAGCUGCUUGUUGCACUGCAGCAGAGAGAGCUGUACACAUCUCAAGAAAACAUUGCAGAAAUUCUAUGAAUUGUCAUAACCAGUAAAGUUGAUUGUAUUCUGUGUAACAAAUAUGUUGGGCACAACAUGGGUAUUUCUUUGGAACACCUGGGGGUUUGUUCUGUUGAUGGUGUGCUGAGUGUCACUGGAGGCUGUUAGUGUAACCAAUUCUGGAUAUGAUUUCUCUCUCUUUCUUUUUUUUUUUAAUGGAGGUGGAACUUUGUCAGCAUCUGUUUGAAUUAAAGAAUAAACCAAUAUUUUUGACACACAGUGUUAGUCUUGUACAGAGUAACAAAGGUGGAAGUGAUAAAGGCUAGCCCAGUUUGAAUAACUCUUGGGAGAUUAGAACAGAGAUACUGGUGUAGAGGGGAUUCCUUACUCGCCCCCUUGCUGUGAAUGAUCUUGAUCUGGCCUAAAGCCUGGUCAGGCAAUCUGAGCUGAAGUGCUCUUUAGUCUUCCUGUAACUAUUCCUUCUCAGGGGCUUGCUUUGUGCCAGACUUCACGGUUGUUAGUUCAGUGGAAGCGGGGCUGGUGCUGCAGUGGGAGGCACUGGGAGCUGUUGUUCUUUUCCCCAGGAUUAGUGAUGAAGCUGAUCCCCAUUUUAGGGUGUGAGGGUUUCCAGGUGCUAAGAGGAAAAACACCUUGGUGCUGUUUCCAGCAAACUGAGUAACAUUUCUUCACUGACAUUAUCUUGAUUGGAAAUUACUAUUUCUUUGGAAGGGGAAUCAGGACGGGGAAGGGAGUGGUUACUGCUGCUCUUUUAGUAAAAGUACUCUUCCCUCUUGUUCUCCACGUCUGGUGUAUUGCUGCCUAAUGACCCUCAUGUGAUCGGCUUCUUUGUAAGCAACAAAAGAACUGCAAGUUCCCCCUCCUUGCAAGGAAAUAAUGCAGUUGUGGGUGUUUGUCACCUGGGCUCUGUAAGAGAUGUCUCCUUGCUCACCCCUAUGAAAGGCAGUGUAAGAACUGCAGGCAGCCAGCAGUGAUGUGUGGAUUUGGUGCAGGAAGUGUGCUCCACCUCUGUUAUCCCAGCAGAUGGAGGCGUAAAGGAACUGUUGCGACUGAAGUGUCACUUUAGCAGCGCUUGGGACUGUACUGCAGGAAGCUCCACAGCAAUGUUCAGCAUCUUUUUUUUUUUUUUAGUUAAAUCUGGGUUUUGCUCUGAUGCUUUCUACUUUUUCUUGUUUGCUUUUUUUAAUUGCUAUUUAAGUUUUGCUUUGUUAGAAAGGACUGUAUACACCUAGUUAGGUCCAUUAGCCACCACACUUUGAAAUUUGCUUUAUUUCAAGCCCAAGAGAUGCUCCAUCUUUGUAACUUGCAAAACAAUAAAUGCAACCAUAGUA